UCCGCCUCCAGCCCCACCUCCAGCCCCAGCUCCACCUCCAGCCCCAGCGACGUGCACCUGAACCUGGCUCUGGAGGACUGGAUCGACGCCCACGUGGACCUGCAGCGGCGCGGGGUGCUGUUGCUGUGCAGGAACCGGCCCGCCGUGGUCAUCGGGCGCCAUCAGAACCCGUGGAGCGAGUGCGACCUGCGGGCCAUGAGCAAGGCGGGGAUCCUUCUGGCCCGCAGGCGCAGCGGCGGUGGCACCGUCUUCCACGACCUCGGGAACCUCAACGUGACCUUCUUCGCCUCCAAGGCGGCGUACGACCGGCGGAGGAACCUGAAGGUCGUCACGGACGCUCUGCGGCGGCUGCAGCCGAAGCUGGACGUCCACGCCACGGACAGAUUCGACAUCCUGCUCAACGGACGCCUGAAGAUCUCCGGAAGUGCUUCCAGGCUGAGCAGGAAGUCGUCCUACCAUCACUGCACCCUCCUGCACUCCACCGACCGCUCCACCCUCGCCGCCGUGCUCCGCCCCUCCUGCCCCGGUAUCCAGAGCAACGCCACGCCCAGCGUCCCCUCACCUGUCACCAACCUGCAGGACCACGCCCCCUCGCUGCAGUGGGAGGAGCUUCUGGACGUGCUGGCGCAGCAGUACAGCACAGAGUUCGGCCUCAGCGCCGCGCCGACCUCCGUUGACCCCGCUGAUGAGUCGGCGUUCCCUGGACUCGGAGCGGCGGUGGCAGAGCUGCGUGGCUGGGACUGGACGUUCGGUAGGACGCCGAAGUUCAGCGUCCAGACGCCGCUGGAGCUGAGGGACGGCGGCGCUCGCAGCACCGCCCAGCUGCGCAUGGAGGUGAAGAACGGCGUGAUGGAGAGCUGCGAGCUGGACGUCCCCGCCGCCUGGCUCCCUCAGCGGCUGAGCGGCGAGCUGAGCGGCGUGCUGGUCGGCGAGCGGUUCUGUCGGCAUCGAGCCGCCGCCGCCGUUACGACGCUGCUGCGGUCCGAGAGCGGCGAGCGGCAGGACAGGCUGCGGAACCUGUGUGAUGCCAUGCUGUCCGUCAUGGGCUGACCCUGCAGCGCCGCCUGCAGGCCGGAGAGAGAACUGCACCUGCACACUGACAUCGACUGAUUUCUGACAAUAAAGUUUGUUUAUCACGU